AUGGCUCAGCAGUUAAAAUCGUGCUACCUCUCCACCUCUCCAGUACCCCGAGGGAAGCCUGAUAGAUACCUGUGGGGGGGUCUUCUGCACGUCGAGGGCUGGCAGCUGCAGCCAUCACCCCCCGACUUUGAGGCCCGUGAAACAAUUUGUGAUGGAAUUUUAGAGUGCGGUGAAGCGAAGGGUUGCAGGCUGCAAAUAGCCAUAAAGCAGAAGCUGUCCGGUGCCCAAUAUAGAUAUGUGGAGGAUGAGAUACCCAAUUGA